AUGUACAGCGUCGCGAUGAAUACAGACGGGACCCGAGCUUUAUCAGGAUCAGAUGACAGGACAUUGAGGAUGUGGGACGUGGAGAUGGGAUGGAAGGAGGAUGCAGCCAAGACCAGUCACAGUGCGGCAGUGACGUGCAUUUCAGUUAGCGAAAACGGGAAACGUGUUGUGUCGGGUUCGGAGGACAGAACGGUUCGGACAUGGGACGCGCAGAGCGGUAAUGAAAUUGGGAAUCCGAUGCCCGUUCCCAGGGCAGCUGUGCUAAGUGUGGCGAUGAGUGCGAAUGGAAGACGUGCGAUUUCUGGGUGUGAUGAUGGAUGGAUUCGCUGCUGGGAUGUGGGAACGGGAUCUCAGCUUGGGGAGGCGAAGGCUGGGGACGGGAGUCGUGUGAACAGCGUUGCGAUCGACGGGGAUGGGAGGUUUGCUCUCUCUGGAUCCGAGAACCGCAGCGUGCAAGUUUGGGAUGUGGAGAGGGGAUUACGAUUGCGGAGCUUGCUAUCGGACCAUACGAGUGGAGUGUGGAGUGUUGCGAUGAGCUCUGACGGUACACGUGCGAUAUCUGGGUCAGGUGACGGCGAAGUGCUACUAUGGGACACAAAGUCGGGAUCAAGAGUGGGGGACAGUAAGAGCGGGCACAGCGGUGGUGUAGAGAGCGUUGCGAUGAGUGCAAACGGGAGACGAGCGAUUUCUGGCUCCAGCGAUGGGACGAUAAUGUUUUGGGACGUGGACACCGGGUUGCAGGCUGGCGAAACAUUCCAAGGUGAUGGAACUCCAAUUGAGAGCGUCGCAGCAUCUGCGAACGGGGGGAUGGCGGUGUCUGGUUGUUCUAACGGACGAGUCGUGAUCUGGAACGCGGAAAGUGGGUCGCAAGUAGGAAAGGCAAUGACUAGGCAUACUGAAUCGUUGUCGAGUGUUGCAAUAAGCGAUGAUGGAACUCGUGCCGUAUCACGGUCUGAGGACAAUGCUGCGGUUGUGUGGGACACAAAGACGCAGACGCAAGUCGGACAAAUACUGACUGGCCACACAGACUGGGUUAGGAGCGUUGUUAUGAGUGGGAACGGAAGUUUGGUGGUGUCAGGGUCGGACGACAAGACCGUACGGGUCUGGGAUGUGAAUACGGGGUUGCAGGUCGGCGAAGCAAUGGCUGGCCACACAAGUGAUGUAAGUUGCGUGGCAACAAGCUCUGAUGGGAAUCAUGCAAUCUCGGGUUCAUAUGACGGAAGCACCCGGAUAUGGGAUCUGAAGAAGGGUUUAGAAGUCACCACAACCGGACACACAGGCCCGGUACGAUGCGUUGGGAUCAACACUGACGGAAGUCGUGCGGUCUCUGGAUCAUUUGACAACUCGGUGUUGGCUUGGGAUGUGGAGACCGGGCUACGUGUCGGGAAAGCGAUGAUUGGUCACACUCGACCGGUGUGGAGCGUUGCCGUAAGCUCCGAUGGACGACGUACUGUAUCUGGUUCGAAAGACGGAAGCGUUCGUGCUUGGGAUACAGAGAGCGGGGCACAAAUAUGCAGAGCCUUCCGUGGACAUGAAGGAUGGGUGUGGAGCGUUGCGAUAAGCGCCGAUGGGGAAUGGGCGGUAUCUGGGGGAGAGGACAAGACAGUGCGGCUUUGGGACUUGCAGGCUGGAGCACAAUCCGGCAAGGCACUUACCGGACACACGGAAGGUGUCCGGAAGGUAGCGAUCGGAGCAGACGGAGGACGCGUUAUCUCAGGGUCUUGGGACGAUACAGUUCGAGUGUGGGAUGUGGCCAAGGGCACUUGCGACAAGAUCAUGACCGACAUCGAUUGGCAGAGGGCCUGCUUUCGUUCGCUGGUGAUAGAGAAUGAUGCCAGCGUCAGCAUCAUGCCUACCAGGGAGGUGCGGGAUAUAUACUGUGAUGACGAAAACAAGAUCAUGUACCGUCGCCACGAUGGUGUGGAAGUUGUUCUGGCACGAUUCGACGUCGCAGUGGAGAAAGCCGUGUUUCACGUCGAUCAUCGACGUGGGAUUGUGGGUGUCGGUCUUAGAAAUGGCAUGGUAGCUAUCUUGAGGCUUGUACGAUGA